CUCUCUGCAACCAAUGACCCUACCCACCAAUGCCCCUAACAACAUUAGCGCUCAAUCAGCCACCCGCAAGGUGAAACAGCGCAGCUCGGACUAAUCAGAUCCAACCACUAUGAAUUCAUCGUCCUCCCCACAGCCACAAGGGAUGUGGAUCUUCUUGGCCCCCCAGGCAUGUUGUGUCUUCCGAUCCAGGGAUUGGUUGUCUGAACACGAAAAAGAGAAUCUAAACCGUAUGCUUCCCUAGCAUGGAAUAUGCAAUUCGAAUUUUUAUUUGAAAGGAAAGGUUUCGGAUUCCGCCGUCGACAAGGUUUGCCUCUUUGCCCAUUAAUUUGGACAAUUCAAUCGGUGCGGCUGAUUUUAUUUUCCCGCACGGCGAAUGCGGUACCAGUCCUGUUCGCUGCUGUUGGCUCGGUGAUUGGGGGAGUUGACGAUGGCGGACUAAAGCCGGGUUUGCCGAUCACGGCACAUUGGCACUCCGAAGGGCACCAUGGUCCUCUGGAUAAUGCGGUAAUCGUGCAUGACGGUUUAUUUUUGAUGACGUGAGUCUAAAACGGAUUUCACCCCAUGGUCCUCACUUGACAGAGGCGAUCCAUGGAUGACAGGUGGGAACCAGUCGGCGAUGUUCUCAAUUGUUUUCCCUUUCGUUCAUUUAAACGAGGGUCAGAGCAAAAGAAGAAGGUUGUAAGGAGACGAUAUAAAAAGUAUAUCUCCCCGACUGGGAGUCGAACCCAGGUCUCCCGCGCUUGUUCUUAGAAUAAGAUGACAAGCGGAAAUCAUGACCGUUAGACCAUCGAGGAUUU